UGUCUCCCUGCCUCUCACGCUCUCAACUCCGCGCCGUCGUGAACGUGAAGAAGGUUCGUUUUACAGAAAUAAAAAGAACCGAUAACGAAACUUUUGAAAGUUAACUUUUUGUUGUUGUUUUCGUAAGUCGUCGGUCGAGCUCGUUUUGUGUAAGGGGGAAAAAAAACAACAACAAGGAAGUAACGUAAGGUCAAGGAAACGAUGAGUGACACAACAACGGAGACAACAAUGGAGGUGAAUACGGAGGCCCGGCGGAUUCUUGCCGUGUCCAUAAGCAAGCUGUACGCGUCCCGGAGCCAGCGAGGCGGCCUGAGACUCCAUCGAAGCCUCCUCCUCUCCCUGGUCAUGCGCUCCGCCCGGGACAUCUAUCACUCGUCGGUGCCACCGGCCGAACCCAUGGACACGAGCCCGGAGGAACCGGCUGAGCUCGACCUGGAGUCGGGGCCCGAGCCGGACGAGACCUCCUCCGCCGAGUUGAGCCUGACAGCGCGGGGAGGUGCGCACCGGGAGGAAGAGGAAGAGGGAGAACCCGCCGAGGACAAAGAGAACCAGAGCCCGACGAGGUGCUCGAGGAAGCGGCGGGGGAAGACGUCGGUGGCGCCGCACUUCCUCCCUAGUAAGCGGGCGAGGCUGGAGCCCGGGGAGGAGCGACACGCCGCGCUGCCACCACAGCCGCCGGUCGGCUGCCGAAUCGGCCCCGUCGAGUCCCUCACCUCGCUCUCCCUGAACCGGGUCAUACCGGCCUGCUGAGAGGUGCGAGACGCGGAGGCUCCACGGGACAUGGAGCGCUGUUUUCCCUACACUUUGGAAGCGGCCUGGAGGCCACGUCGACGCUCUCGGGACAGGAAUGAUCCCCGGCCGGCCCGAGUGGAGAGAAGCUCCCCGGGCGAGGGGGGGCCCUGCGUGGAGGAGCUUCGGUUCGGGUCGAACGAGCGACCACUUACUUUCCGGCUGAGUCACACGAACACACCGUGGACCCGCCAGGACACGCAGUGACUCAUAACAGAAAUGAGGUGUUUACCCAACACACUCGAAUGUACGCUGCUGCUGUGGACCAACAACAUGGUGCUUAAAAAAAAAAAAAAGAUGCGAUUUGCAUCUUUGUGUGUAUUUCAAUGAAUGUCCAAAUGACGUCAUAUACCUCAUCUGUAAAGCUGCUCUUUUUUUGUGGUGUUAAUAAAUGAGUUUUCAAGUGAACAA